GGCAUUUAGCCGUGUUUAGAGAGGCGAUGUUUUCCAGUUAGCUGGGACCUUUGCAUUUGUUUGGUGCAGUAAUAUCGGACUGAAGAUAGUGAAACGGCUUGGGGAAGCAUUUUGAAUUAAAAAAACCAACAUGUCUAGUGCUAAUAGUGGCACUGAUGAAGUGGAGUCUCUGGUGCAGGCUGAGGCUGGCGAUCCGUUGCUGUCCCUAGAUCAGGAUGAGGGAUUGGGACCACGGUCUGCCACUCAAACUGGGAAAAAGAAGAGAUGGUGCUUUGUGCCAGGCUGCAAGAGCUCCAGUGCAACCACUCCAAACAAAAUAUUCUUAUAUGUACCCAGAGAUGUCAAGAAACGGAAGCUGUGGGCUCGCUUAGCGAGAAGGGAGGAUGCUGGCAGUUUGACUUCAACGAAUCACUGGUUCUGCUGUGAAGAUCACUUUGAUUUGGAGAAUGAUGCACAGAACUACAGGAGGUACUGCAUGGUUGGGGGUAAGCUUCUUCUGAAAAGUGAAGCUGUCCCGCAUAAAUUUGCAUGCCAACCAAAGCGCAUCAAAGACAGUCGGGAGAGAACUACGUCCGUCAGGCGAAGCCAAGCAACACAGCUGGAGGCUGCACUUGCUUUAGAUGAUGAGGAUGCUUCACCAGCAGAUACUGCCGAGCCAGUUGAAGACCCAGAGGUGCCUGCUCUACCAUCCCGGAAAGCUGUCGGGUGCCAAACGGAGACAACCACAACGACCUCGGCUUCCCAGACAGACAUGUCUUCAUCAGCACUGGAAGGUCCUUCUACACUCCGUGCCGAGGAAUCAGGUGAUGAUUCGAGUUCUAACCAGGAUAUCACUGAUGUACAGGACAAAGACUUUGAGGUUGACAGUGGUGGUGAUGAAACUGAUGCCGAUCUGGAGUUUGACUAUGAGCAUUUUGUUCGUGAUCGAAUCAGAAAGCUGUGUAAAAAGGACCCCAAGAGAUAUAUUGGUGUUCCAGCAGGGUACCUCAAGGUCAUUGAAAUUUUGGCUAGGGAUCACAUCGAGCCAGAGCACGGAGGUGGGUCAAAACUCACAGCUUUUGAUGUUUGCUUGCUCGUUUUAAUGAAAAUCAAGCAAAACAAAAGCUUUGACCUGAUCGCAGAUGAUUUUGGGAUUUCACGUAGCUAUGCCAGCAGGCUGUUCGCGAAACAUCUCCCUUUCAUCGCAUCAGCAAUGCGAGAACUUGUUUACUGGCCAAAAACUGAAGCCAUCAGGCAGGCCCUACCGCUGGCCUUUAAGGCCCGGUUCGCUCGAACAACUUGCAUUAUAGACUGCAUGGAAAUUCAGGUGGAGAAACCAAGUGGCUCCUUCAAGCAGUCUAUGACGUACUCAUCAUACAAAUCGUGCAAUACUGCAAAAUAUCUGUUGUCCAUCACGCCGAACGGAUUUGUAAAUUUCAUUUCCAAAGGAUGUGGGGGCCGAAGCUCUGACAUGGCCAUAUUGGAAACGAGUGGGUUCAUGGAUAACCUCGAGCCUGGAAUGAUUGUGAUGGCUGACCGUGGUUUCAAGAGUUUGGAACCACUGCUGGCGCAAAAAGGGUGCACGCUGGUCCGCCCGUCAUCUGUGAGCAGUAGCAGUGUUAUGACAAAAAAGGAAGUGAAGUGGUCAAAACAGAUCGCUAGUCUGAGGAUACACGUAGAAAGAGCCAUAAGACGGGUGCGUGAGUUCGAACUGCUUCGACCGAACGCGUGCAUAGAGCAUCAGUUGUGGUCACUGUUAGAUGAGUGUGUCCUUACAGUAUGUGCACUUACCAACCUUCAACCGCCUCUGAUUAGGGUGUAGGACCGCAAAGAAGUCGUGACUAGACUUCCCUACGUAAAAACACAGGUCUCGAAGGCUAGUGAGCAAACUCAUGUUGACGGCGAACUGUUCUGUAGUUACCUCGGUCAUUGCAGAUAUUCAACGUCUUUUUGCGUUCCUCCUAUGUCAUGUGUACAUGUGUUAAUGCGCUUGCGUCGCAGACCGUACCCAUACUGUAGCUCCGUCUGUCAGGCACGAGACGUGCGUGUGUUCGUACUGAUGUGAUGACAGCACGUACGUGGCUGUUCCCGCAAAUCGCGACCGUAACGCUGUGUAGCAGUUCCCGUCUUCAAUGACGAGGCGUCGUUUUUGUCGCCUUCUUUGCGCGUUAAUGCUCUCGCGAACUUUGAGCUUUGUCUUGUGCAUGUGCCAGUCCCGGAGAGUGUUCGUGUUAUGCAUGCAUGUGAAGAUGUCCGCGAAUCUCGGGCUUCUCUCGAGCGCCAGCUUCUUGUCUCGUUUAAAUGUAUUGUUUACACAUGAAUAUGUACAAUGAAACAAUACAUGCAAAAUCAGUAGA